AUGGAAAGAGAAAAGGAACAAAGGCAAGAGCAUGAGAGGAAAGCUCUACUCCAGAGAUUUCCCAAGAAUGAUUCAACAGAAUCUUGUGACUAUCAAAGGCUUUCCUGCAGGCCAAUGUCUGUCUAUACAACCCAGAAGACAUCUGUCUUGGACCCUGUUCUCACAAUUGACCACCUGUAA